GCGCCGGGGGUGCCAGCCCAAGACCGGAAACAAAAUGCAGAGCUUCCAGUCUCUACACCUGGGGCUCAGUUAUGACCCGGAAGCAAAAUCUUCGCACUUCCAACCGCUGUGUAGGAGACGCGAACUCCACACCCGGAAGCAAAUCCGGAGAAUAGUUGUUUUUUUUUUUUUUUUUUUUUUUUUAACCGUCUCUCAGAGGCUGACGCGGUGACCAAUCAGCAGAGACACAGGAAAAAUAUGGAGUGACGUCGACGAGGGGCGGAGCCAAGGCUGUUUAGGGGGCGGGCGUUUGAAACCGGUGCUUCAUAGUCGACCCCAAAUAUCAUCUUGUUCCUUCGAGAACCAAUUACUUAAUCUCGCUUGCGUCUUCUCCUUUCCCGACCCCCUCCCAGACUCUUUCGCUGCGGUUCUGCGAGGACGGAAGGCGCCGGGAGCCGGUCCGCGUCUCGCAAGCGUGAGAUCUGAGGAGAGCUUGCCAACUGACCGACCCAACGGCUCCUGCUCCUCAGUAGACCCCGCAGCCUAGGGACUAGAGUUGUCACUUAAGUGGAUAUGAAGAAGGCGCAAAUAAGUACGGGGGCAGCCACGAGCUUUCCAAAGAGCUGAAGCCGGGAUUUAACACAUAGCACCAACUGCAGCAAGACUGGUAGACACUGGCCCAGGAAGACCUAGACUGUGAUUUAGUUACAUCCCUGAAGAGAUUCUGCUGCACCCUAGUCUGUGAAAUCCAAUAGCCAACAAGAGGAAAGAACCAGGUUUCAACUGAACAUAGAGCCGAGGCUCCCUGACUGAAUUCAUGGAUGGCCAGAGUGCUGGCUCUGGGUUGGUGAGCAAGCCUAACAAAAGCUAGUUCCAGCACAUGCACAGAAGCUGUCAGGACAUUCUGCUCCAUCACAGCCACAGCAUUUGUAAUUGUAAUUUUAAUUUUUUAAAAAAUCCCCUUCCUCAAUCCGGUGUAUAUAUUGGAAUUUGUUGUUUAAACUGAAGCUAUGAAGACUAAGUCCACCUGUGCUCAGAAUCCAAAUUGCAGUAUAAUGGUAUUUCGUCCAACCAAAGAAGAGUUUAAUGAUUUUGAUAAAUACAUUGCUUACAUGGAGUCCCAAGGGGCACACCGAGCUGGACUGGCCAAGGUCAUCCCACCAAAAGAAUGGCGGGCCAGGCAGUCAUAUGACAAUAUCAGCAACAUCUUAAUAGCAACUCCCCUGCAGCAAAUAGUCUCUGGGCAGGCAGGUGUGUUCACCCAAUACCAUAAGAAGAAGAAAGGCAUGACAGUGGGGCAGUAUCGUGAGCUGGCCAACAGCAAAAAAUACCAGACACCGCCACACCUGGAUUUUGAAGAUUUGGAGAGGAAAUACUGGAAGACUCGCCUGUAUGAGUCACCGAUUUAUGGUGCUGACGUCAGCGGCUCCCUGUUUGAUGGGAAGACUCAACAGUGGAAUGUGGGCCACCUGGGAACAAUUCAAGACCUAUUGGAACAAGAAUGCGGCAUAGUGAUUGAGGGCGUCAACACGCCCUACCUGUACUUUGGCAUGUGGAAGACCACCUUUGCAUGGCACACGGAGGACAUGGAUCUAUACAGCAUCAACUACCUGCACUUUGGGCAGCCCAAGACCUGGUAUGCUGUGCCCCCUGAGCAUGGCAGGCGCCUGGAGCGCCUGGCCAGGGAACUCUUCCCUGGGAGCUCCCAGAGCUGCCAGGCCUUCCUGAGGCACAAGGUGGCGCUCAUCUCACCCACCGUGCUCAAGGAGAAUGGCAUCCCCUUUGGCCGCAUCACCCAGGAGGCUGGGGAGUUCAUGGUCACAUUUCCCUAUGGCUACCAUUCGGGCUUCAACCAUGGCUUCAACUGUGCAGAGGCCAUCAAUUUCGCCACCCCGAGGUGGAUCAACUAUGGCAAGGUGGCCUCUCAGUGCAGCUGUGGGGAGGCCAGGGUGAGCUUCUCCAUGGAUGCCUUUGUGAGGAUCCUGCAGCCUGAGCGAUACGAGCUGUGGAAACGCGGCCAAGAUCAGGCAGUUGUGGACCACACAGAGGCUAUGGGGCCUACCAGUCAGGAGCUUACUACCUGGCGGGUGGUCCAAGCACCAACGAAAACUCGGGGCCUGAAGCAUCUCCGGCUUCGCAAGGUCUCACGCUCUCUUCUGCCCAUAGCCACAGACAGUAACAUUCCUUGCAACACCCAGGUGUGCCAUACCUCCAGGCAAUCAUCAGAUGUGAAAGGUAAUGAGGUCCAGAAGUCUGACCCAGCCAUAGCCGCAUCACAUCCUCUGGGUCUAUCUCCUGGUCAUAUGUCAAAUGGAAGACGUGGUCUUGGUCGUCGCCCUUGUGAACUCGGAGUUCAGGAGUCCACCAGUGGAGCUCCAGUCAAGAGGCGACUUCCAGCAGGCAAAGAUGAUACAAACCCUAGCCCAGAGCUUCAGUCCCAGCUCAUGAGUGGAAACUUAAUAGUUAACUCAGGACUUGUGAACCCUGGCCCAAAGCAUCCUGUGACACCUUCUGAAGGUGGAUUGACCUCUGACCCCUAAACCUAUUUUCUGACUUAUAGCUCAUUGCCCUGCACUCAGGAUGCUCCCUAAGUCCAUUAUGUCAGUUUUAACUGAAUUUGCAGGACACGGGCCACAUCUGGGAGAGGUCCUUGGCAGUUCUAACUCCUAAACACACCAUGCACCUUCCUCUAUCUGGAACUUGGCAAGCCUCUGGAUCUCUGGUAACUCCUGCUCUUCCAGAUGAAGUUUCAUUGGCCACUUCUUUUGAGUUCUGAGAACUAAAUUCAGCUGAGGCUGCUCAGCACUGAUCUCCCAUUCCUCAAGGCCAACUGUAGAGGAAGAGAACACUCACCUUUCCCUCCCUCCAUGCCAUUUCUUGCAAAAUGUUGAGCUUUUGACCACUACAUUAUUGCUCACAAAGGAAGUAGCCAUGACAGAGGUCAAAAGUCAUUUGAGAGUCACAGACGACCUCUCAAAGUUGAUGUAUUACAAUGUGUCUCACCCAGCUUUCACAAAUAAAGGCAAAACAGCCAAAAGGUUACAACUAGA